AAUUGCGUUUACAUAAAACUCAAAAUACAAUUGCCAUACACAGAGCUUCAUAAUUUUUGCGGCAGAUGGGUAAAAAUAUUAUGAGACUGAUACAAAUUGGAGCUUUGGCUUUAAUAAUUCUCCAACUGGUUCAUUGUGAGACUGACAGUAGUAGCGGUGAAGAUGAUACGUGUGUGCAUAAUUUGGGUUCAACGAAGAAACAUUUUUAUGAGAAAAUUCCCGGAAUCAAAUUCAUAGGGAAAGCUGUCAAGAGCAUGAUCAAGCCUCAAAAGGAGAUAAUUUCGUUCUACUUGUAUAAACGAGACUUUCCAACUUGUGCUCAGGAGAUUCGCCUGGACGAUGAUUCACUACAUAAUUCCGGAUUUGAUGCUUCACAUCCCACAAGAAUCAUCAUCAAUGGCUGGAUGAGUUCGAGUAGAAAUCCCUUCAUUCGGAGUGUCUCGAGUGCCUACUUCAGCAUUCAAGAUUACAAUAUUAUCGUCGUGGAUUGGAGUUCCAUUUCAACCUCAAUCAACUACUAUAAGGUGGCGAAACUGAUCGAUAAGGUCGGUGCAAAAGUGGCCGACUUUGCCAGGCAUUUGCAUAAGAACUUGCUUAUCGACUAUGAUGACAUCUAUUUGAUUGGUCACAGUUUGGGAGCCCAAGUGGCUGGCAGUGCAGGAAAGAAUCUUCAUCCCGACAAAUUCAACACGAUCUUUGCCCUCGAUCCAGCUGGUCCUUCAUUCAAAGAAAAGGGAAUCGAGGGAAGACUUGAUUCGAGUGACGCCAAGUAUGUGGAAUCGAUUCAGACGAGUGAAAAUAUGGGCUUCUUAGAACCUUUGGGUCAUGCUACUUUCUAUCCCAACAAAGGGUCUUAUCAAAAUUGCAUGGGCUAUGGUUGUUCCCAUAGACGGGCUUAUAAGUAUUUUGCUGAAUCAAUCAAUAGUACUGUUGGAUUUUGGGGCGUACUGUGCGAUAAGGAGCAAAUGAAAUCAGAAUGUCCUGAAGGAUUGAAGCAAUAUAAAAUGGGUGGGGAACCAUCGACGCCUAAAGUUGGAGUGUUUUAUGUGAAGACAAAUAAUAAUAAACCAUACGCAAGGGGCAAGAGUGAUUCGUAUUUGUAUUCAUAAACAAAAAAUUAAUUAAAGAGUAAAGUGAUUUGAAAAAAAAAAUUGAAAAUUAAAUGAAAACAAAUGAUUUAAAGUAUUUUUUCAAAAUUUGCAAACAGAAAUAUAAAACGUGAAUUGCAAUACUCAUUAGGUCUUCAGAUAACCUUUUGAUCGUAAUAAACAAAAAUGUGUAUUAUUAACAAAAACAAGAAUAUUUGUAUAUUACCCUAAGACUAUUUUGAAUGACAUGUAAUAUACACAUAUAUUUCAAAACUUAAUCAUACGCUUGAGUACCUGAGAGAAAGUUUUAUAAUCAUUCUGCUGACUAAACUGUAAGUUAUUUAGACACUAGAUAACGCUGAAAAAUUACACACAAUUUAUCUUAAAAGCAUUUUUUAACCUAGUUUUUCUUAAGCGUGUUUAAGCACAAAAUAAGUUCACUGGAGAUACAAAUCAAUGUGAAUACAUUUCUGUCGGUGAAGUUAAUUUUGUACCGAAUAGAGCCUUAUUUUUAUUAAUAUCAGUUUAGAUCAACUGGAGAAAAUCUACAUUUUCUUUUCAUUCAUUCAUUUAUUUGUAAACAUUUAAUUUUUGAUUGUAAAACGUUUUGUUAUUUGUAAAAUAUUCGAUACACCUUUAAGCUUAAGAGAAAACGAAUAUGUUCCUGUUUAAGAAAAAGCAUGAUUUAAAAUUUAAAAAGCAUUGUUCUAUAGCAAAAUAUUAAUUUCUCAGAAUUCGUGAACCUUUUAAAAAUAAUAAUUGGUAGCUAAGUUGAUGAGGGAAUUUUUUUUAAUUAAUUAUUUUCGUUUUGGGUUUUUGUUUUUAACGAGGACGAUUAAAUUCGAUUUGUACAUUUUGUAUGCUAUGCAUAAAAUGUUAAAGUAUACACAUUUUUGCCGUAUGUACAACCCAAUGCCAGCAACCGCAGUCUUUUCUAAUUGUUUGUGAAAUGAUAUUGAAAGAUAUAUAUUUUUUUGAAAACUUGUUCUUUAAAUCACAAAAAAAAUUAACACAUUACAAUGGUAGUGAAGUUGAAAAAAUUGAGCCCAAGGAGUCACUGAUUAAAGAAUAUUAAUAAAUAGUAUAUUCUUUUU